AUGGGCGGAGAGGCCACGAAUGCCGGCGGCGGCGGUUUCCGCGCGCGGAUGGAGCACUACCUUUACAGUGGCGAGAAGAAGCACGUCCUCGCCGGCAUCGCCAUCUUCGCCGCCGCGUUCGGCGUCCCAUGGUACUUCAUGACCCGAGGCAAAGCAAAUAAGAAAUACUUCAUUGAUUCUACAAUGGAUGUUAGGACAUCAGAUGGAUGGUCCGGUAGUCUGAUCUUCACCUUUUUGUUUAGAUCUUAG